AGUUAAAGUCGCGUCGGCUCCUGGUCCCUGGCCCUUCAGCGGCAUGGCGUGCGGGGCGACGUUGAAGCGGCCCAUGGAGUUCGAGGCGGCGCUGCUGAGCCCCGGCUCCCCGAAGCGGCGGCGCUGCGCCCCUCUGCCCGGCCCCACUCCAGGCCUCAGGCCCCCGGACGCCGAGCCGCCGCCGCUGCUUCAGGCGCAGACCCCACCGCCGACUCUGCAGCAGCUCGCCCCGCCCGGCAGCGAGCGGCGCCUUCCAACCCCGGAGCAAAUUUUUCAGAACAUAAAACAAGAAUACAGUCGUUAUCAGAGGUGGAAACAUUUAGAAGUUGUUCUUAAUCAGAGUGAAGCUUGUACUUCGGAAAGUCAGCCUCACUCCUCAGCACUCACAGCACCUAGUUCGCCAGGUUCCUCCUGGAUGAAGAAGGACCAGCCCACCUUUACCCUCCGACAAGUUGGAAUAAUAUGUGAGCGUCUCUUAAAAGACUAUGAAGAUAAAAUUCGGGAGGAAUAUGAGCAAAUCCUCAAUACCAAACUAGCAGAACAAUAUGAAUCUUUUGUGAAAUUCACACAUGAUCAGAUUAUGCGACGAUAUGGGACAAGGCCAACAAGCUAUGUGUCCUGAAGCUUUCUUGCAUAUCUGGGUACCAGGUUUGACCUCAAGAGAUGGCUGCUGUACACUUUUUGCAACUGGUUUGAUAUCACAUUUCAGCUCCAACUUUGCAUACUGAGAACACUUAAAUGUUUCUGCAGGUCCAUUUUAUACAACUUGAAAGACCUUAAAACUUUCCGGUUGCCACAAGCAUAUGUUUCUUUUCUGCUCAUCCAAUAAACAGCUGUGCCCUACUG